AGGACGGACCUGUACCCGUGGGAGGGGAGCCUGUGACUUUGAGAAGGGCGUGUGUGAUCAGAACCAAACACACCACAAGCGAACACACACCAGGAGCAGAGGACACACACUCACACGCGCAGACACACGUACCGCCGUGCUUCACCUGCUGGGACUGUUUUCUGACAGGUGAACUGUCACCAUGUUCUCCAGGAAAAAGAAGUCCACCAAUAUAACGCAGCCAAAAGAGACAACUCCCUCCACAGAACUGACUGUUCUGAUUGAGAAGCUGCAGACCAAUGCUGAUAAAGUGGAGAAGAACAUCUAUGAAGUAGAACAGAACCUCAACAAGGAUGUAGCUAAAAUCAAUGAGGGAAAGCAGCCACUGUAUCAGGAUGACACCAACAAGCGAAUCCUCAACUCUCUGGAGCUGCUCAGUGGCCUGGAUGAGAACGCGGCCAAUGCCAAGCGCCUCCAGCACCCACAGGCUGAGAUGAUAGAACAGGAUAUGAGGCAGCUGCGUGACAGAGUGAUGAAGCUGAAAGAGGACCAUGACCGUAUCUACCACCUGCACCGCAGCGAGGGUGUGCCCACCAUCAACUGGGGAAACAUGAUAGAUGAGAAACUGGACAACCUGAACAACAAAGGCUAUGCUCAGGAUUUGCCGUCUGUGGAGAAUGAGGUGGAGGAACACAACAUCUUUCACAGUGAGGUUGAGGCUUUAGCUCCUUUCAUCACCAAGAGUGGAGACAAGGUAUAUGUCAACAGCCUUCAGAUUAAGUACAACAAACUAAUGGAUGCCUCCGCUGCUCGUCAGCGUAAUCUGCUGAGCCUUCGCGACUACAUGCAACGCUGCACCAAUGAGCUGUACUGGAUGGACCAGCAAGCUGAGGAGAGAAUCAACUAUGACUGGAGUGACACCAACCCGGACUACAAUUCCCGCCAGAAGCAGUACGAGAACUUCAUCAAUAAAUGUCUGGAGUCUAAGGAGGCCACCAUCACCAAACUGAAUGAUGAUGGAGAGAAGAUGGUAGCUGCUGAUCAUCCAGGGAAGAAUGUUAUUGAGGCUCACAUGGAGGCAGUCCAUGCUGACUGGAAGGAGUACCUGAACCUGCUCAUUUGUGAAGAAAACCACCUCAAACACAUGGAUGAGUACCACAAGUACCACAAGGAAGCACGCGACACCGCUGACCUGCUGAGGCGUAUAGACACAGAGGUCACCCAGAAGUACAACCCAGAGUUCAAAGAUGUGUAUCAGGUGGAGGGGAUGAUACGAGACCUCGAUGACCAGUCCAAGGCCAUAGAGCACUUUGAUGAACGGGUCAAGGCACUGCAGAAGCGAAGCCUGCAGGUUUUGCCCCUGCCCUACCGCAGAGAAACCCCAUUAAAGCCAUUGCCCAUUCAGGCCCUAUGUGAGCUGGACACAGAUGAGGGGCAGAUUAUGCGUGGGGAGAGGUACACUCUGCUCCGGAACAAUGGCUCCAAGUGGGAUGUGAAGGAUGCAGCUGGACAUAAAAUCACUGCUCCAGCCGUCUGUUUCAUGACCCUCCCUACUGACCCCGAGGCUGUGGCCAUCUCUGACAAUCUGGCCAGCCAGCAAAAAGCUCUCAUGCAGAAGAUGACGAACAGAAAGGGCAAUCUGGUAAAACGCUUUGAUGAGCUGAAGAAAGAGAGUGGUACUGGCACAGACAAGCAGGAGCAGCAGUGCCGCCAGCUGAUGGCCGGUCUGGAUAAAGUUGUCAGUGACCUGGACAAACAGGAGAAGGCCAUUUAUUCACGAGUCCGCCCACCGCUGGAGCAGAACAGGCCACUGCAGGACAGCUCUGAACGCCUGCAGGACAUGAAGGACAUUGCCACAGCUGUCAGGAAAAUUGAACCGGAGAAGUCCACUAAAGUGCAGGAGGCCAAGAACUUCCUAGUGUCAAACCCAAACUGUGCCAGCGCCCCUCAGUUGCACAGCAAGACGGAUGAAACUAACAACAAGUACAACAAGAUUGAGCAGCUUCUGCAGUUGUCUCAGGACAAACUGAAGAAUUCCAACCAGCUGGAGAAUUCUCUCCAAAAUGUCAAAUCUCAGUUGUCGACCUAUGAGAACAGGCUGGCCAGGGAAGAGGUGGCUCCAUCUGACCUCUCCUCACUGGAGAAAACACAGCAGGAGCUUGCAGAUAUGGCAACAGAUUUGAGGGCCAAGAGGGCAGCGAUAGCUGAGACUGAGCAAAACCUGCGCUCGGCCAAAAGCAGCUGUGACAACAUGGCCACCAAAUUCCAGGAGCACUGUCCUGACAUAGAGAGGCAGGAAGCUGAUGUUUCCAAGCUCAACAAGCGCUACAACAACUUAAUGAGGCAGAUUGACAGCAGGGGUCAGAGCUUGCAUAGGGCCAAUACGGCGUACAAAAAUUACCGCAACGGUUACGACGGCCUGAACAAGUGGAUGUCUCACAUUCCCAACUAUGACCCCCGUGAAACAGAUAAUGCCCUGCAGGUGGAGACCAAGAUGAGGAGCCAGAAGAACCUGCUGUCUGAUAUCGCAAGAAAGGAAUCCGACUUGAACAAUGUCUCCAAAAAUGCCCAGCUUUAUCAACAAGCUGUCAGAGACUAUGAGAAUGAAACAGAGAAGUUCAGAUCUUUUCUUGAGCUUGAAGAUGGCCUUGUACCUCAGACAUACAAGAGGAGCAGAAUGGAGUCACCUGCACACACUGUCAAAGCAGAAGAAGCUGCCAUUGAGGCUAAGUUUACAGAGGUGAAUGCUGUGAACCAACAAAGGCUUCAAAACCUUGAGUAUGCCCACAGCCUUCUCAAACAGCAAAAUGAGAUCCCGGUAAUCCAGGCUUCUCAUGUCCAGUCAGUCCAAGCUACUGCCAAAGGAGAAGAACCUUGGAGAAUCAGGAAGCAGCUGGAUGAUGAAAUUCAGAGGAGGGAACAGCUAGAGAAAGAAGUUGAAUCUAUCCAGACUGAGAUUUACAUCCUUGAAGGAGAGAAGCCUCAAGAUACAGUUGUUAAAAAGGAAUUGUACAAAACAGUUCCAGAUCCCCAACUAGAUGAGGAAGUUCACAGGGUCCAGCAGAAACUCUCAGAGGAGCGUCGCACCACUCAUGUCCUGGAGAAUGACCUUGAGGUACUGAAGUUAAAAUUGCAUGGUCUUGAGACAGAGGUUAAAGAAGGGGCACAGCAGUAUACAGUGAAGGAGGUCCUGCGGAUUGAAAGAGACCGUGGUCAGGAGGAGGAGCUGCGUAAGCUUAGAGAAGAUCUGGAAGAACUACGUAGGCAGAAGUUGAUGAAAGAUAAUGAGCUGAUUCAGAUACAGGAGCAGGUGACACUCCUGGCUGAGGAGAAAAACAAGGAACAGGAAGUAAUCACCGAGGAGGAGGUGAUCAAAGUCCAGAAUGACCCCCAACUUGAAUCAGAGUACCGGCUGCUCUUAGAUAGGAAGCAGAAGGAACUGGAUAGCAGGAAGCAGCUGGAGGAUGAACUGAACUUUCUUCAGGAGAAACUCCGAAGACUGGAGAAAGAAAAGGCGAUGGCAGAAGAGAAGAUUUCCAUCAAGGAAGUGCUGAAAGUAGAGAAAGACAUAGCCUUUGAAAGGGAAGUUGAAAACCUCCGGAGGCAGUAUGAGGAUGAAAAGUCCAAGAGAAGAUUAUCACAGCGGGAAAAGGUUGACCUCCAGAGGAAGAUCAGCAGCCUAGAAGAAGAGAGGUCCAAGGUUGUUGUGCAGGAAAAGGUGCGUGAGAUUGUCCGCCCUGACCCAAAAGCUGAGAAUGAAGUUGCCAAUCUUCGCCUGGAACUUUUAGAGCAGCAGAGACGCUAUAAAGAUACAGAACUUCAGUUGACAUCCCUCCAGGAUGAGCUCCUUAUGCUGAGGAACAGAGGACCUCAAGUGGAGGUUAAAGAGAUCAUCAAAGAAGUCAUCAAAUAUAAGACAGAUCCCCAGACUGAAAGAGAGCUAGAGCAACUCCGCAAUGACAUAGUAGAUAAAACACACCAGACCGAGAAAUCUGAGAUGGAAAUUCGGCAGCUCCGUGAUGAAAUUCAAAGAUGGAAGGAGAUGAAACCCCAAGUGCAGACUAAAGAGGUGGUUAAUGAAGUGUUGCAGUACAAGGAAGACCCCAAGACUAAGGAAGAGAUAGACACCCUCAAAAGGAAACUAGCUGAGGAACAGGCAAAGCACCUUGACCUUGAGAGAGAACGGGCAGCCCAAGAAGAGAGAAUCAGACUGAGAAAGAUAGAUCUGUCACAGGUCCGUGAAAAGAUUGUUCAGCAAGAGGUGGUCAAGAUGGAGGAGGAUCCUCUUCUCAAAUCAGAAUGUGAUAUGUUCUCACAAAAUAUCAGCAGUGAGCAGAAACAAAAAGAGAGUCUGAAAACUGAGCUCUAUCAGCUACAGAGAAAGAAGGCUGACCUGGAUCUGCAGUUAGAAGAAAUCGAUCAUGAGCGCAGAGCAAGGCGCGAUGCUGAAUUGGAAAUCCAACGUCUUCGGAUCAGACUUCACGAGUUGGAGAUCCGGGACAAAGAGAACCGUGAGAAGGUGACUGUCAAGCAGAAGGUUGUUUUGCAGCAGGAUCCCCAACAGGAGAAGGAACACUCCAUGCUCAAACUUCAGCUGGAUGAAGAGAAGCACAAACGUACUCUCCUCGAGAAAGAGUUGAAUGCCCUCGUCCAGCAGCAAAUGACCCUGGAAAAGAUGGAUGUCAAGGAAAGGGUGGUCCGCACUGAGAAAGUCCAAGUCGAGAGGGACCCAGAAGCUGAAAUUGAGAUUGAGAACAUGAAGAGGACUCUGGAAGAAGAGAAAAGAAGAAGGCGAGACCUUGAUCAAGAGCUGGCCAUUCUCACUCGCAAAUUUUCUGAUAUGGAAUUCUCUAACACUAAGUCUAGUAAAGAACUGGACUACAUUCGAGAUGAAAGUAAUCGCUUGCAGCAAGAAAAUCAAAGGCUGAUGAAUGAGAUCCGUAAGCUUCGAUCCGAGAUCGAAAUCACCAGCAAAGAGACUCGGCUCAUCACAGAGUCUGCACCAAGGGAGGAUGGAAAGAACCUGGAGCUGAGGCUCGAUUCACUACAGAGAGAGCUAGCAGAGUUGAGAGGCAUAACUCUCCAGAAAGAUGAUGAAAUACAGAAGCUUCAGAAGAACUUGUCAGCAGUGAGAAUGAAGAGGGAACAAAGAGAGAGCCAUAUGCGCAGGUCCAUCGUGGUCAUCGACCCAGACACAGGCAAAGAGAUGCGACCGGAAGAAGCCUACAGGCUCGGCCUUAUCGAUUGGAAGAUGUUUGUGAAUCUGCAGAGCCAGGAGUGUGACUGGGAGGAGAUCACAGUCAAGGGCCCCAAGGGAGAAUCCUCUGUUCUUCAUGACAGAAAAUCUGGUAAAAAGUUCUCCAUUGACGAUGCGUUGCGUCUUGGGCACAUUACAAAUCAUCAGCUUCAGCAGUACAUAAACAAAGAAAUCUCCAUCCAGGAGUUUGGUGUAUUGGUGUCGGGCAAGAACAAGUAAAAGCAUACAUUCAAAACACGUGUUCUUUUUAAUUUUAUCCUCGAUGUAACUUUGUCAUCUUCAUGUUUAAAAGUGUCUUUAUGCUUCACUUCCAUUCUGACUGCCAUAUUUUGGUGAAAUGGCUUUGUCUUUUUUUUUUCAUCUGUGAUUUUAAAACGCACUGCAUAUUUAUUUCCUUAUGCACAUUCGACUUUGUGUUACUACCAUGAUAUAUGGAUUGUUUUAAGUGUCAUUAUAGGCAACUACUAAACAUCUCAUGGGAUAGGAGUGCUGUUGCAGAGCUGAUCUUUGGUUAGUCUAACAGGGUACGAGGGUACAGGAAAUGUCAUUUUUGCCAUAUUUUUGCUGCUGAAAUUCACAGUAAAGUUGCAAUGUGAUUGUGGUUUUCCUCCUGUUGUUCUUAUAUGUGCUGUGGAAGCUUUAAUAAAACAUCAAUCAAGCUUGGA